UAAAUUUCUUUUCUUUUCAGGAUGGCUCGUAACGGGGCAGUGACCUCUCUCCUCGUGGCUCUGUGUCUCGCGGCAACAGUUGCUGGACACAGUACGUAUGGCAUUGGUGGACACAGACCUGUGCUCGGUGGUGUCCAUGGAGGUGCCCUCGGAGGUGUUCACGGCGGUGUCCACGGAGGUAGUGUUCAUGGCCUAGGACUCGUUGGCUCUGGCAUCCACGGCGCUGGAUCCUUCAACACCGCUCAUUACCCUGGUAUUGUGCCUGGUUACAGCUUCUACGACCAAAGACCCGUGCUCGGAUACAACAGCUGCAAGUAUUGGUGCAAGAGUAAUUAUACCAACAAGUACUACUGCUGCCAACGACCUUACCAAGGAUAGACUCAUUUGUUGAUCGUCUGCUAAAGCAUCAGAAAUUAUUUACUCAAAAAUAAAUCUUAUUUUUACGA